ACGAAACAACAGCAAAGAAUUUCUCUUCUUUCUUUCUUCAUCUUAGCGAACGCUUUUCACUAAUAAGUCUCCUUCGUUUCAAAUUGCAUCAACGCGAAAUGCUGAUAGUACCAGGUUAUGAUCCAUAUAACCCAUUUCCUUUGGAUGAAAACCAAGGUUUUGAUAAGUACUUACAACUUGAAUCCUCGAUUAUGGACGAUGAGGAUUACGAAAGGAGGAAAUCCCGACAUGAGUUUCGAUGUCGAGCUCUAAUUGUGAUCUUCAAAUACUCCAAUUGUGAAAACUAUGAUCCUUUGGUGUCAUAUCUUGCUCUGAAUUAUUUCGAUCGCUUCAUUGCGAAUGGAAAUCGUGUACCGAAUAUAAUGAGUAGUUUUGUCCACAAUUUGGAACUCACCAUUAUAUGCUGCCUCACACUUGCUUGGAAGGUGAGAAGCAGAAAUUUCAAGAUCUCUAAAUAUCAGGCAGAAAAGCCAAAACUAAGAGAUAUUACGCUGGAGCAAUUCAUGGAAGUGGAGUUUCACAUUCUUCAAGGACUUAACUGGGAUCUGCGUGUGAUCACGGCCAUAUGCUUCGUGCCGUUCUAUGCUGCUAGUAUGUUUGGUUCUACUAAUGGAUUCCAUAAGAGAACUGUCCAUGAUAUCAUUAUAAAUUCCCAUCAAAGCAAUUCGGUCAAAAAAUCCAAGCCAUCAGUUAUUGCAGCAUCAGCUCUUAUUGCAGCUUCCUUCUUUGUGUACCCCGGAAUAUUUGCAACCUAUCGUCAUGAAUUGAGUUCGAAUGGUGUCAUUGGGAAGUGCGUAGGCCGUAUGAUAAAGCUGUGCACGAAAUGGAACAUUAUUUCUGGGACUGAUGAUAAGCCUACAAGGAAGGUACAAGAUUCUGAACCAGACACUAGUGCUAGAACACCUGAACAAGAGUCUGUUGAAAACUCUGAACUACAGUUUUCUAUGGAAAUAUCUGAACAAUCAACUGAACAAGAAGAAGACCCUGAUGAGAAAUUUAUGCAAAGAGAAGGUAAACAAGUGGUGACUACUAGCGACACGAGCUUGGCUGGAGCAGCUGAUAAUAAAGGAAAGAGUAUAGUAGUGGAGGAGGAGGAGAGGUCAUUGGAGGAAGAGAGUGAAGAAAUGCAGUGGAACUUCCCACUUAGGUGGACAGCAGGAGAGGACUAUGGUGGCUUGAUAGACAUCUUUCAGCCUCCCUCAGAGAUAGAGCCUGCUGUAGAUUCUUCUGAUCAAGAUGAACCCCUACCAGUGCCAUCUUUACAUCAAUUAUCACAUCAUCAACACAUGGAGCCAAAUCCAUAUGAACUCACCCUUGAACGACAAGCGUUAGAGGUGGCAGCUCAACAGGCUCUUCAAGAAGCUCAAAAUCAAGCUCAAAAAGUUCAUCAUGGUCAGGGAAAAUGUCUACUCGACCACUGCUUCUGCUGUGUCUGCUGCUGUGGAUCUUCAAACAGCUCAAACUCAAGCUUCAGCCACCAACCUCUUAUUCAAAGCCUUGUGAAUGGUGCACUCAACAACUGUUGUUGCUGCAAGAGCUGCAACCUUCUGUGAUAUUAGUUACCACAAACACUAAGACUUCUCAUAUGCAUACAUAAAUAUUUGAAGUACAUGUGAAGUGGAAUAGUAACGGUGUCAGGGCAUUGCACAUCCAACUGAAACUGUAGUUUUGAAGGUCAUAAUGAGCGACUAUGGACCAAAUUUUUGCCAAACAUAUACAUUUGAUUUUGACAUAAUAUUGACUGGUUUUCUUUUAUUCAUUCCGUUUUUGCUCAUAAAUUUUCGUCUAUGUUUAGUUGUGAUGCUCUGAAUUUGCUAUUAAUAUG